GUGUGAAUUUGGGAAUUUCUGCCAGUAUACUACUCCGGAGAUCCAAAAAUCCACUCCUCUGUUUGCCGCUGCCAAAGCCGCUUUCUCAAACCAAUUCAUCUGUGCAGAAAUCACUUAGCUGCGUGUUAUUCACCCUUUUAUUCCUUAACUGGAAUGGUUAUUCUGUGUAUACCCUUGGUAUAUCUAGCUUUUAAGUAACGCAAAGAGCUUCAGCUUGUUCCGAAAUAAAAUUGACCCAACAACAGUUAGAGAAUGCAAACUAUGCGGCUGAUGCUUUCCAAUUCCGACAACAGAUCUCUUAUCAGGCUCUCUUCAUAUUUGUAUUCUUAUUUUCGGACACCAUUGAAUUUUUUCUCACUAUCGGCACCGUCUCGUGCUUCCUCCACCGCAACCAACUUGUUCACAUCUCCGUGGUCUUCCUCUCAACGUCGGGGAAUCAAAGUAUCUGGCUCUGAUAUUAGAGUUGGAAAUAUCAUUGGAAAACAAGGGCGCAUUUACGAGGUUCUUAAAGUAGAUCACUCUCAUGAAGGAAGAGGAAAAGCCACAAUCAAGGUGGAGCUUCGUGACAUUGGUCAGGGAAACAAGAUAACACAAAGAAUGGGUACUGAUGACAAUAUUGAAAGGGUCUACGUUCAGGAGAAGACUUUCAUGUUUAUGUGCAUGGAUCAUGAUGGAACUGUAGUUUUGAUGGACCCUGACUCACUGGAUCAAAUGGAAGUUUCAAAGGACUUGUUCAGCAAGGACUGUUUGUAUCUACGAGAUGAAAUGAAAGUUAAGGUACAAUUUUAUGAUGACAAACCUUUAUCUGCAUCAGUUCCAAAACAUGUAACAUGCAUUGUCAAGGAAGUCAUUUCAGCCACUACAAGGAAUAAAAAGGUGGUACUGGACAAUGGCCUUGCAGUUGAAGUACCGCCUCACAUUGUAGCUGGUGAUGCCAUAGUUGUUAACACGGAGGAUGACUCCUACAUAGAAAGGGCCAAAUCAUAGUGUGACUUCAGCCAGGAUUUGAAUAGAUAUCCAAGACUUCUGAAGCAGAAUGGCCCUUUUAUUCAGCCUCCUAGCCCUACCCUCCUCUCUUUCACUUCAUAAUAGCAUUUUUUUUGUUUUCUUUAUCUCCCAGCAAAUGAAUUUGGAUGUUUGUGUUUGCAGGACUGUUGCUUUAGUUUGUGCAUAACGAAAGCAAGGCAACAUAAUCUUGAUUGUUGAAAGUUUAGAUGAUAAAAACUCAUUUGAACAGUUUGUAUUUAUAUUUUAGUAGAAAUUUAUUUUUCCAGACCCAUAA